AUGGUUGUGAAUCAAUAUUUCGUUUUGUUGAGAAGAUUUUGUAGACUAAGAGUUAAAUACAUGGUCAAGUUGAGAACGGUUAUGGUAUACACUGAUUCCUGGCAUCUGAGGUUAGAGCAGGAAAGUCGUGAAAAUGUCUGGCUAAGGCAUCGGUUCUGGUUGACAGUAACCAAUUCUCAGACCAAUGAAACAGUUAAGGAAACGGAAUGGGAAAAUAUUGACGAAAAAAUGAAAAUUGAUCUACCGUCCAGCGGCUUGUUUUAUGCAAAACUUGGAGUCAGUGACAUGGAAAUAAUCUCAAAUGUCAGCUGGAUUCACAAAUUGGAAAUUACAGUUCCUAAUCAACCCUGUAAUUGCUCACUUGAUGAUUUGAAGAAUACCGAGUCCAGCCCAAACUCAAUCUACAGUCGCCUAUGCAUUGACCUGAAUAGUUCUUCACCGAGUAUAUGGAAAAUAGGUCGGGCUAUGGAAAGAACUCAACCUGUCAUUGAGUUUUUACUUUCUGAGCAAAGGCCGUUUGUUGCGCUACUUGAUAAUGCUAUGACAGAAUGUGAUGAUGUGAGCGUAUCCCAUAUAAUCAUGGGACUAUCAAGUGGCAAGAUAACAGAUAAGGAGCAACGUGUAUUGUCCUACCUGUCAGAUUGGCAUAGGUGCGUCAUGUGCCAACAUAUUAAGGCAUAUAACACUGGAGUUCCAUUGCCAACAGUUGCACCUGAUAUCAACGGGGUGGUUUAA